GCCAUCCGGGCCUCCAUGUGGUUUUGACAUAACCUGGAGCGAUCUCACCUAAAUGCUCCAUCUACAUGAAGCAGGAAGGCAGCAGCAGCCACUGCCUGGAUGUUGUCAUUGUUCAGAGGGAGCUCGGCCCGGUACAUGAACCCCAGCAGAAGCUCCAGACUCUGUGCAGGAGUGUCUCUGAGAGGUGAUGGUUUCCAGUCUGAGUAGGCUAUAGCCAUAAAACCCUUUCGUCUAAAAACAACAAAGGAACAAUACUUAGUCAAUCAGUUGCAGGCUCUAAAUAGGCCCCUAACUAACUCCCACUGCCCAGAGCCUGCUGCUUCAUUCUGUGCUCAUCUCACGUACGGAGAAGUCACAACCAUGGAGGAAAGAGACCAUCCAAUGGACAAGUAUGUGGUACAGCGAGAGGUGCUCAGUGAGGUACGCCUGGAGGAAGUGGCCCAAAGAGACACAAAUACACAAGGACCAAGUGUGGGAGAGAGGUUCAAGGAAUUCUCAAGGUGUUCAUUGCCCAGGCUGAAGGAGACUGUGCAGAAGUGGGUGCCUGUUCUGGACUGGCUUCCCAAGUAUCCCAUCAGAGAAAAUAUCCUCGGAGAUGUGGUCUCCGGCUGCAGCGUGGCCAUCAUGCACCUCCCUCAAGGUAUGGCAUAUGCGCUUUUGGCCUCCUUACGCCCUGUGUUUGGUCUGUAUACCUCCUUAUACCCGGUACUGGUUUACUUCAUUUUUGGAACUUCUAGACAUAUAUCAGUUGGUACAUUUGCUGUGAUCAGUAUCAUGAUUGGAAGUGUGACAGAGAGACUAGGCCCAGACUCAAACUUCCAUGUAAACAAUGGCACCAACGCUACAGGAGAUGUGGACAUAGAUGCCAGAGAUGCAUACAGGGUGAAGAUAGCGUGCUCACUCACACUUUUGGUUGGGAUUUUCCAGAUUCUGCUGGGUGUGGUCAAAUUUGGCUUCGUGGUCAAUUAUCUGUCAGAGCCACUGGUCCGGGGCUACACUACAGCGUCUGCAUGUCAUGUCUUUGUGUCCCAACUUAAAUACAUUUUUGGAGUCAAACCAUCUCGUUACAAUGGACCACUUUCUCUUAUUUAUACUGUUGUGGACAUCUGCAGCCGCCUGCCUCAAACAAAGAUUCCUGAGCUAGUGGUCAGUCUUGUGGCUCUUGCGGUUCUCAUUGUGGUCAAAGAAGUCAAUGGUUGUUACUCAAAGAAGCUACCUUUUCCCAUCCCGAUUGAACUCAUAGUGGUCAUAGUAGCAACAAUCAUUACUCAUUUCUGUGGACUGACCACGUUGUAUUACAUCGAUGUGGUUGGGGAGAUUCCCAGUGGACUCAAGGCCCCUCAAGCCCCAGAUAUCAGUUUGUUCUCACAAGUGAUUGGUGAUGCUUUUGCUGUGGCUAUUGUGGGCUAUGCCAUAAACAUUUCCCUGAGCAAGACAUUUGCUCUAAAACAUGGAUACAAGGUGGACAGCAAUCAGGAGUUGGUGGCCCUUGGUCUAUGUAACUCCAUCGGGGCCUGUUUUCAGUGUUACAGCGUCACAUCGUCUUUAAGUCGCAGUCUGGUUCAGGAGAGCACUGGGGGAAAGACACAAGUAGCUGGACUUAUUUCUUCCAUUUUUGUUCUAAUAAUUGUUCUGAAAAUAGGAGCACUCUUUGAAGAUCUCCCAAAGGCUGUCUUAUCAACAAUAGUAUUUGUGAACCUCAAAGGCAUGUUUAAGCAGUUCACUGAUGUACCUCAACUUUGGAGAACCAACCGAGUGGAUCUGCUUGUAUGGGUGAUUACAUUUGUGAGCACCAUCCUGCUGAACUUGGACAUGGGCCUUGCUGUGUCCAUUGGGUUUUCCAUUCUUACUGUGAUCUUCAGGACACAACUGCCUCGCUAUUCCAUUUUGGGUCAAGUGCCAGGAACCGACUUGUAUCUGGAAACAGAGACCUACAAACAGGCCAAGGAAAUCCCCGGAAUCAAAAUCUUCCGCUCGUCCACCACCAUCUACUACACGAAUGCUGAGAUGUAUUUGGAUGCUCUCCAGGAGAAGAGUGGAAUUGAAAUCGGAAAACUGCUCACAGCAAAAAAGAAAGAAGAAGCCAGCAUGAAGCGUCAACAAGAAAAAGAGAAAAGGAAAGCAAAAAAACUUGCAAAGAAACAAAAAAGAACAAACUACCAGUCGACUGGUAGCUUCACUUUGACAGAGUCCCAGAGGAAGGAGCCCACAGGCCUGAAUGGACACAGACAUGGAAAUGGGGCUCCGUCACAUAUGACGGAAACAAAUGGCCAAGUAAACUGGGCCUAUCAACACGAUGCGGCCACAUUAGAAACAGACUCUGAGUCAGACACUUAUUGUCAAAUUGAAGAUGAAGUAAAGGGCAAUAAAAAGCAGAAAACUCACAGCAUAAUCCUGGAUCUAUCCACUACCAGCUUUGUGGACACAGUGACCAUCAAAACCCUGAAAAAUAUUUUCAGAGACUUUGGGGAGAUUGAUAUGGCCAUCUAUCUCACAGGCUGUCAAGCUUGUGUUAUUGAAGAGUUUGAAAAAGCAAAUUUCUUCUCAAACUCCAUCCCCAAAAGCCAAGUGUUUGUAACGGUCCAUGAUGCUGUGCUUCAUAUUCAGAGGACCAGGAACCUGCUGGAAAAGGAAAUCGCCUGCAUCACUCAAAUGUAACCAGCAGGAGGCAGACUCUUCCUUAGUGAAUAGACAUUUUUAUUCACCAUUGGACUGAGUGCUGCUGUGAGUCUCCUCCUCCUCCUUCUUUGUGGAGGUAGAUAUGCACCACCUCCACAACAUGGCCGCUGGUUGCCCUUGGAAACAGGGCUUUUUAUGAUAUUGUAUAAUGAGAUCGAGCCUGCAUCACGUCACCACUGCAGCUCUCUUCUGCGAAAGAAGAGACAGCAAAGAAGGCUGAGUAGGAGAGAACUCUCUGGAGUAAUAGGCAACUGUAUAAAUAUAGACCAAUUGACGUUGAAACACAAUGAAAAAAAACGUCACGGUUUAGGUCUUUAAAACACAAUAAAUAGUACUAUUGUAGUUUUUGCACAGAGGGAAAUGUUUCAAUGAUGACAUGUUAUUAUAUAAUUAUUACACACAAUAAUGGGUAAAACUGGCCAUUAUUAAGUUCGUAUUAAUUGUUGGUGUGGUGAUGGUAAAUCCAAGAACACAAAUAUUUUUUCCCCUCCAAAUAUUCAGUUUUUAUAUAUAUUUUUACUGAUGCUAUUUUUAUGUACACUAAAUCACACAAGGUUCAAGUUCACUUGUGACCAUUAUGAUAAACCAAAAUUUACUAGCUUGUUUGAAUUUACAAAUUAAGACAUGUUUCACUCUGUGUACUUCAGUUACUUUUUAAAAUCUAAUAUAAAACCAGAAACACAAUAGUUUAUAGAGUCAGCACUGCUUCUCUUUGUGUCUUAUGCUGUUUCGUACAGAUAAUAUGGGGUUUCCCUAUUCAAGUAUGUGACCUUUUGAAGCUGCCUCGUUUCUCUUCAGUCUAGUUUCACAUCUCUUUCACUCUCUCAAAAUGACAUGACGUACCAUUUGCUAUGUAAUUACAGAGAUGCUAAAAUGUAUUAUUUACCAUAUUUGUAAAUACUGUUGAUAUUUUAAAGAGAGAUUUUUUUUUUUAGCUCAAAAUAGCUACACAGCUAAAUGUUUGCAGUUUCUGUCAGGGCUUCCUGCCUGUGGUUCUGUGAAUGAAAGGAGGAAAUCCUCUUGAACUGCAAAUGACCUGUUAAAAGUUCACCCCAGGUUUCUAUGCCUCACCAUAUGUUAUUUCUAUGUUUUUAAAGCUUUAACUUUUAUAUAAUAAAAUUGGUUGUAUGUUGGUAAGUGUUUUAAAUAAAA